AAUUUCCGGGACUGUUUCUUUGUACGGCUAGUUCAGAAAAUACUCCAAAAGCCAUGAAAAACUGAGAAGUUGGCCAACCUUUUCAAGAGCAAACACCUCAGAAGCUUCCUAUACAUAUUUGAGAAGUGCGUAUUGUCAAGGGGAUUUACUAAUAUCCGUAUUAAGAAGUCAAGAGUCAAUAUGAAGUUGCCUCCCACUAAACUUGUCUUGACCUGCUCCGGCAAUAUUGCUGAUGAAGACCUUAAGGAGAGAUUACUCAAGAUAAAGGCUACAUUGGAGGAUCUCUCACAAAUAAAAGAGCACUCUGUGAACCUGUCUAAAGUUGAGCCAUGGAAUAGUGUCCGUGUAACCUUCAACAUCCCACAAGAAGCUGCUGCUCGCCUCCGUGAACUUGCUCAGCGAGGUGACCCUAACUUGCACAAGCUUGGCAUUCUGACCAUUCAGGUUGAGAAUGGAGAGACAAUCUCACUGCCCCCGCCCCCGCCUGAGGCACAACGAAGCCUGUUCUCGCCGCCGCCACCGACUCCAUCGGGCACACCCCAGCUACCGCCUGGCCCCCCUCUUGUGCCCCCAUCACCUACCCCCGUUUCCUCGCCAGUCAUUCCUGUGUCGACUCCCACGCCAGGAACAAUGGUCCCUGGGCAUGGACUUCCGGGAUCGGUGACAGCCCCUAACUUUGCUGUGCCUGGAGUUUCUCUCCAGCAGCUCACCAGACCCUCCCUCCAGGGACUACAAGCCCAAGGAGCAGCCCCCCUCUUCUCUCAGCAGGGAACUGGCAACCUCUGGAAUUCCAUGGGCGUAUCCCAACAGCGCCCCCUUCAACCUCCAGCCAGUUUCUGGAACCAGAUCCCACAGUUUUUCCCACAGGUCGGUGUAACUCAAGCAAAUCAGCCACCACAAGUCAUGCCAAGUGGCCCCCAAAUUCCUCCUGUGUCACAGCCCAAGCCUCAGCCAAAAAAGAGGCGUAAGAGAACCAAGAAGUCAAACAUUCAACCCCCUGAGCUGGCUGUAGCUGCAGGCCAGCCUUUACUACCACUUCCUCCUCAAUUGCCGCCACUGCCGACUUCAAAUACAAACACCCAGGAUAAUGCAGACAACUUGAGCACAAACAAACCAUCAAAUCUGACUCUACCACCAAGUCUUAUCGACAAUCCCAUAAGUCCAAACACACCACCAUCCACAGCUAUGUCUACAAAUGUCAGUACGACUGCACCAGUAGUUGCCUCAUCUGCUUCAUCAGGAACACAGUUCUCCUUCACAGACGUCCCAAUGUCAAGAGGACUUGUGCCAAGCCCACAGACACAACAGCAGCAGCAGUUGCAGCAACAGCUCUUGCAGAAAAAGACAGAUGUUGCUCUGACAAGCCCUCUGCUGGUCAAUCUUCUUCAAAGUGAUAUUUCCGCCAAGCAGUUCCCUUUCUCAAACUCGUCAGGGAGCAAAACUACAUCUACUGGGACUGACACUCCUACAACAGCACAGCCAGGGCCUCCAAGCCAAGACACAGUUAUAGCAUCUUCAGCACCCGGUAUUAAUACUAGUUCACCAUUUAUGAUAGGCAAUGGUAUCGGGACUCUUACAGCUUCAAACUCUGCCAUUCCAAAUAUAUCUCCAUUUGUAACAUCGCAGGGAAAUGUGCCAGGUUUCAUAUCAACAGCAGGCCAGAUUAUCCCACCAAACACUCUGUUGCCAGCUCAAUCAGGACAGCUGUCACAAGAGCAGCUGCAGUUUCAACUCAGUCAGUUGUCUGCUGCGCAACUUUCACAAGUACAGGCACAGCAUGCUCAGUCCUUCCCUAGCCACUUGCCACAGACCCCAGUGGUGCCAGGUCAGAAUCAGGUGCCUCCCAGUAACAUGCAGUCCUUUCAAAUGCCUGGUGGUCAUCAACUGCAAGGCCAACUUUUCCCAGGACCCAUGCCUCCUACUCAACUGCCCAAUGCCAGGAUGUCUGUUGGACCUAUUGCAACUCCAGAUCCCAUGUCACAGAGUCAGAUGAGACUUGGCGGGCCCAUGUAUAUGGGGCACAUACCUCGUGCUCCUAUGCCAUCAGAUCGGACCCAGGUAUCACCCAGUGACUCAUCAGCGAGUCAGAGUAAAGGACAGCUACUUGUACACCCUGUGGGGCAGCUUCAUCCUACAUCUGCUCCCUUCACUUCAACAAGCAGUACCCCAGUACCUCCCCCAGUCAAUCCCCUGGAUACCUGGAAUGCUGCUCCUUGUCCAUCAGUUGUCAAAGAAAAGCAAGAAUUACACGUGGAUCCUCAGGCAAAGAAGGUCGAGCAGCCAGGAGUUUCAGAUGCUGGCGCAUCACAGCCUAAGUCGAACCUGGAAAAGAAUGGAGAGGAUUCCAAGAAAUCCACUGUCCCUGAACCAGCUGAAGAGGAUGGUCAUGUGUUUGAUGAAGAGGCUGCACUUCUUGGAAUGACAGAAGCUGAGAGAGCCACGAUGGCAGUUGCAGCUAUUAUUGCUAAGGAAGCUAAGAUGGCAGCUGACGCUAAAAGUGGAAAAGCCCAGCAAAGCAAGGAGACACCACCUCCUAAAUCUGAGCCACAACUAUCUCCAAUCACAUCCACUCCAGCUAGCACUGUAGCAUCCAGUGAUGGAAUUCCUGCAAUUUCUCAUCAACAGCCCACUUCAACUCCCAAUGUCCCAUCAACAAGAACUUUCCAAGAAACUCAGUUUAGUCGACCAACUUCAAGAGGUGGGCCAUCAGUUCCACCUGUUGCUGAAAGGAGAUCAGCAAACUCACCCAUUCGCUUGUCUCCCCCUAAGAUACCAGAGGGUUUGAAGCAGAGACGCACCCCUCCAUCGUCAACCUCCAGACCAGUGCACACCCAGCAGCAGCCACAAUAUGGGCCCAUUCCGGGUAGCUCUCCAUCCUCUAUGUCCUCAGGGAUUGCAGGGUUACAGACCCUAACGUCUAGGACAUUCUCUGCUGCUGGACAGCCCUCAAUCCGGGACAUGGCAUUAAGUAGAAACACAGAGCACAACACUCUUAGUCAGUUUCUAAGCAGUGUAACCCCUCCCACUGAAAUUCUUCAGAUGGCACCAUUGUUCCGUAGCAACAAGCAGCAGGAGGUACCUCCUAAAUCAACUCAAGGAUUUCUGUCAGGCCCUACAGCUGUCUCCACUGACUGGCUUUCACUGCCCUCAGUUGAUACUCCGAAGCCUCUUCCUCUUCCUGCUCAAAUUGGUGCACGGACUCCAAUGCAGCCUGCAGAGUUCAGCGCAGCCACUGAAAGAAUGCUUGGCAGCAUGCUAGACACACAGAAACCAAGUAUUGGUAACAUUGAGCGACCUCCAAAUCAACCCAGAGUGAUCACAACCGAGGGUAUCAACUUCAUGCACAAAUUGGUUGGUAGGGCUCCUCCAUCGAAUCCCCAGAGUCAGCCUCCACAAAAGGAUGCUCCAGCAGCGAAAAGUAACUCUGAUGAUCAGACCAUCUUCAGUGAUCAAACCAAAAAGGAAGACAAAUCUCAACUCAAGGCACUACUGAAUGAGAUUGUCAUCCCAGAGAAAGGCUCUUUUGAGAAACAGCUCCUGUCAGUUGACUCAAAGGCUGAAAAGCCCCAGGUUACUUUGGCCUCCACUUCAAGCGACUCACUUAGACAGUCUAGCACUUUUUCUCCAACCACAUCUCAUCAAAUGGACUCUUGGCUUGGACUUAACAAUCAAGCAGUGUCACUAGCUCAGGGUGCUUCAAGGAAGCCUGAUAGUGUAUCCCUAGCAGGUGGCAUCACUACCUUAUAUAUUCCUCCACCAGUGAUGGGACAACAGCAGCAGUUGACUACCCAAUCAUUGCCAGCAGUACAGCAAGCUGCUGUAAGCUCUGCCACUGCAACAGCAUCAUCUUCACUGGAGGCUUCUCAUCAUGGAAGUGUGUCGUUGCUCUCAGGCCUAGGAGUAGAAGGUCAUAAGGGCCAGUCAGACAGUGGUAUGAAAAGCUUUGUCCAAACAGCUCCACCCGUGUACCCCAGUCAGCAAAUUGGAACUUUGCCUCAGGCCAGAACUUUGCCUCAGGCCGGACCGGCACAAAUGGCUGAGAACAGUGUACUAAGAUUUCCCCAACAGGGUCUUCUAAGCCAGGCUGCAGAGAAUAUGGCAAGAGACACACCUACAUCCCGACCCCAACAUUUCCCACCACAGUCUUUUUCUCCAAGUAUGUUGGCAAAGUCACCAGUACCUCACCAGCAACCGCCUUCCCUGCCAGAAACCCCAAUGACUGUUUUGGAACGAGCCCCAAAGAUUUUGCUAUCUCCUGCAACCCUUUCAACAGCUUCAGAAGAAUUGAUCAAGAGCCUUGGUGCCCAUGGUACCAUAGCCACCCUUCCACCUGAACCAGAGGCUCCUCCAGCUUCAGAAGCUAGUGGCACAAAGCAAGACAAAGGGUCUGCAGUAGAGCAACCUGCUCAACAAUCACAGGAGUUAAUUACUCCAAAACCCAUCGAAGAAGCAGUCCCUGACUCUGCAACGUCUCAAAGCCCCUUACCACAAGCUCCUGUAAGCAAAGUAAGCACCAUCCCCCAGUUAGAGGCUGCAGUGUCCAUGCACCAGUCCUGUCACCCUCCAGCUGUGAAACCUGCACCAUCAAUUACUGCAACACAGUUACAAGCUGAACAGCAGCAAAGUCAGCGCACUGGAGUCCCACCUCAGGUUGCUUCAACAGAAAAAGAACCAGUAGCUUUAACUCCACUGGCCAUCCCCACAACUACUUUCACUACAGCACCAGGGACAAAUGCAUCGGCAUCACCAACCAUAGCAUUUCAGCAAGGGAAUGAAAUCUCCUAUCUGACACAGACCUCAAAGUUGCCUCUUACACAGUUGGUUGGACCAUCAAAUACCUCCCAGCGAAGUACUGAAAGCCAUCCCAAGGCUGACGUUCCAGUCAUACAGCCACCAUCGAUGAUCCCCAAGCAAAUGACCGUUCAGACUCUACCAGCUUUGCAGGAUUCAGUCUCACCAACAGGAGAAAUGGAGAGUGUUUCACCAUCAUCACAAGUGCCAGAACAGUUUCUGCACUCUCAGGUGAUGGGAUUGAAAUCAAAUUAUCAACCCUAUUCAGCCAAUAACACAGCAAUAGAAAAAACAUCAAAAUCAAGUCCAGAGAAGUCAAAGCAGCUGAAACUGGAUGCAUCAAAACCUGAUGAGUCAGAGGAAGAUGUGGCAACGCAACAGCUGCACAAACUUACGUCUCAACAGCCAAAGACAACGCCUGGACCUGUGGCUAGUUUUGGCUUUCCAACAACACCUCCAGCAACUGCUGCAUUACCUGUUAAACCUACAGCGUUCUCAUCAGCUUCUAGCACACUGGUACAAGCCCAGUCAAUCAUGGUCAAAACUGCAGCAAUGUCUAGAACCUCUGGUUUCCUGAAGGGGGCAGAGCAAACAGCACGUUCUGCCCGAUCAAGAACACCACCCAGGGCAUCGCUCACAGCUCUUCCUCCAAACACUUGCAACAAUGAAUCCCUUGGAAGCGCUAGUGCCUUGCUGAGCUCCAUCGCCAAGUCGGCUUGGACUGUCACCACAGCAAUGGCAUCAGCAGCAAAGGCUAAGGUGGUGCCAACCCCAAAGGCAACUGAGAAGAAUCUGACGCGAUUGAGAAGAUCUCCUGAAACUCUCCCUGUGGCGGGAAAAAUGGCAGGUGGGGAGAGGGAUAGGGGAGUUCCUGAAGGGCAAGCUCAACAGAGUCGCACACCUCCAGCUUUAGGUGUUGCUAAGCAGGUGCCAAAGAUGCCAGCCACUGAAUCCUCUCUAGAGGCUUCGCUGCCUUCGCUGAAGAGUCAAGAGGAUAGUCCACCCACGAAAAGUGUUGUCAGACAACAGUCAUCAAAUCUAGCACCAAUAGUCUCAAUUGAACAAGCAGUGAGCACUGUUGCUUCAGUAUUCAGUGCUGCUGUAGGGACACCCUUGGCCAAAGAUGCACAGCAAGUGCAAUGCAGUAAACCAGGCAGUGAGUCUGCACCUGCCCAACCACUGGCAUAUUCUCAGAUAUCAAGCUCGCCAUCAGCUUCUGGCUUGUCAUCAGCUCCUCUUGUGCAUCCACUGGAAGUUGCAUCAUCAACAGCAGUGAAGGAUUCAUCAGAUGGCAAGAUCACAUCUCCUCUUAUUUCUCCACAAGUACAGCAGCUAGUGUUGCAGACAACAGAUUCCCACAGUGAUGUUCCACAUCAAUCUAAGACAUUUCAUGGUGUGCCAUCUGUAGAGGAAAUGCAGAAACCAAAAACUGGGGAGGAGACUAGUUCAAGAGGUGACCAAAUAGUCCCGUCACAAUGUGAUUCAAAUAUUUUUAUGUCAGUAGCUCCGCAAGGCUCUGAUAACAAGACACCUCCUCAACAUACUACCCCAGACAUGGACUCAGUCCCCACAUCAACAACUGUUUCUGUUCCCAUGGUUUCUAGUCACACAUCUGUUGGGGAAGCAUUAAUGUCACCCGCAGUAGAGACUAUGCCCCAGAGUUCCCUGAAUCUCCUCGAUAAAGUGCCGGUGAAAUCAACCAGUCAACAUCGAGAAGCAACCAUCACGUCUAUGAGUCUUGGUAGCACAUUCAUGUGUAGCGCUCACCAAGUUCCUGUGAUUUCAUCUCUGUCAGGGAUGGAACCUGCCCUUGCAGUCUCAAUGGAUACUGGCAUAAGAAACACACAACCACCACUUACUGAAUCUCGUAAACAGACUCACACCAGAGCAGUAGAGGAACCCCCUGCCAAACUGCCAAAGGAAAGUUUAGCCCCAGGAAUAAAGAUACAGGAAACACAACCCAAUCAGCAAGACAUGGAGGUAAAAUCGGAGCCAUCAUCACUGGCAAAAACCAGUAUUGCCUUACCUAGCCAAGAUAAGAACAGUAUUGGGCAAGAUGCCCUGCAAGGAGCACAACCUCCCUCAGUAACUGUAGACAUUUCAGGUGCAACAGAGCAACUUGGACAAUCAGAAGAUAAGCAGGAAGUCUUACCAUCAGACACUCAGCUUCCUCCAAGAGAAGUUCCCAGUACUCCUGAAGUGACAAGAAAGAUUUCUCAACCUCUGCAGUCUGAGAGAAUUCCAGAGGCUGUGCUACAGUGUGUAUCUCAGACCAGUCUCGUCCAAACUUCCACAGAAUCUCUCACAGAGAGCCUAACCAUCAAGUCGGACAGCUCUCCAGAGCCUUCACUCUUAAGCAAACCUGAUCAGAUCACAAACCUUGUGGAGGAGGCCAUUCAGGUGGACCCAGAUAAGGGCAGUCUGUUCGAGAAGACUUCAUCGCCUGGUGUUACUGCUGAAGCAACAAGCUGUCACCCUGGGCAAAAGAAUCUAGCGCUCACAGCAGAUGAGGGUGUUGAACCCUUACCCAGCCAGCUGAAGAAAACAGAAAUGUUGGGGAAACCCCACGACAAGGAGCUGAGCAAAGAUGGGGCGAUCCGAACCGGGAAGGUGGAAGGUGACUUAGGUGACUUGGAGCCUCGGAGGACAAGACACACUUCGGAGGAAAUUCCUGGUAUGUCCACAAGGAGUCUGCGGAGUGGAAGGAGGUCCCCAGCAGAGCCUGUGACCAAAGGAAAGGAGGAGGAGUCUUCUCCAACAACCAGAGGAAGAGGGCAGAAAGAAAAGGAGAUUCCUGGCGAGUCAGAAGCUGAUGCUUUAUCAAGAAAGAGGAGUACACGUUCCUCAGGAAGGGGUGAGACAAAAGAUAUGUAUUAUGGGCCGAUCCCACAAUAUAAAAGACGCAAGACGAACCAGAAGUAGACAAGACUCCAACUUUAGUUUCAUUCCCACAGCCAUGCGGUUGGUAGGCUGAAUUGAUGUUGCAGCAUUUUUGGGGUGUGACUUGUUUCUGAAUUAUUUAUUUGUCAUCUUUUAGCACUUAUUCAAAUCUUGCAGCUUUUGUCACUUUACAAAAGUAAAGUGCAUGCAGACAGUUAAAACAGAUGAAAAAUUGGCUUUAAUAGCUAAACCAUGAGGGCAAUACGUCAGUGACAAAUUUUUUCAGAAUAGGAGAGAACCUCACUUGUGAAAGGGACUUCUACAACCACACCUCUGUCUAUUGCUGGCAUGUGCUUAGGUACUUACAACCGCUUAACGACCAGGACUUUGCUUUAGAUUGAAGAUUUUGAAGAUCUUGCCCCUGAGCAGAAAAGACCAUGCUUCCUAACGCCAAAGAGUAAGAACUGGGUACCAGCCGAAUUUCAAAGUGACUCAGAACUUUUUCUUGAAUGAUCCCCGAGUUUCAAUUGUGUUCAUUUUUUUUGUCAUGCAGAUUGACAUGGUUGAUCGUGAAAAUUAUUUUUCAAAGUAUGGUUGUACCUGUAAUUACAGCAAGGUAGUCUUGCUCCUUCCCAGUAUGACAGCGUUCAGAGUGGAUUCGGGAAACACAAUCCAAAAUGGCCACCUUGUAAAUAAAGCUCACUGAGAUAAUUCCACUCUGUAUGGAAGCCACACGAGGGCGCUGUUGACUGGAAUUUAUUGACAUUGUUCAAAUGGAAAUGCAAAGUGUAGAUACACGUGUAUAUACAUGUACAUGUAUUAUGGUUCAUUUGGGAUUUUGAAUUCCACUGAAAUUUUUUCUUUUUUUCUUUUUAUGGGAGUAUAGGCCAUUUUCCUCCAUGAAAUACUCAUUCCUUUUUAAGUCCAAUAGCAAUUGCGAACUCAUCAUGUAAAUACUUACUGGUAUAUUUCAAAUAGGAAGUUUUGUUUUAGAAUAGGAAUACUUGUUACAUAUCAAAAAGGAUUGUUUUUAAAAAAGACUGACUGUAGUGUACAUUAUUUACAAGAGUGAAUAAAAUUGAAGAUAAA